CGUGUAUUUACAAAGUUUAUUUAAAGUUACAGUUUUGAGCAAGCUCGCGUCAGUGGGUGUUGUUGACGCUGACGCACUUUCUAGACAAAAAUUUGUUGUUUGUAUUUUGAUUUAAUUUAAUUAAUUCAAAAUCCGUCCCUGUCGCUGUCGUAUGAUUGAAGCAAACCACACAGAAAUAAGAUAAAGGUAGAACCCCUUUUGGCACUUCGAGAGUUUCUUUCAUGGAAGAUCAGCGCCUAGUUUGAUCAGCUCUGUGUUGAGGGAAGUUUCUAGCACUUGUCAUCUGAGGAGAAGGGAAGUAGAGAUAUAGAAUGUUGGCAGAUUUGCGAAGAUCAUCGACGCAUAAACGGGCAAUGGACCCUAGGGACUACGAUGAGUCCACUGAUCUUGAAGAUGAUGCUGAGCUUCUAGAAAGUAGUAUGGAGCAAGAAACUGAAAAACCACCUUGGAAGCUUUCCUUUCCACAUGUGCUGGUGGCUACUAUAGUUCCAUUCUUAUUUGGCUAUCAUCUUGGAGUUGUCAAUGAGCCUCUUGAAACAAUUUCUGUUGAUCUUGGUUUCCGUGGGAAUACCCUGCAAGAAGGCUUGGUGGUUAGUACUUGUCUUGCUGGAGCUUUUGUUGGAUCCCUGAUCAGUGGUUGGGUUGCUGAUGGAGUUGGACGUCGUAGAGCUUUUCAGUUGUGUGCUUUGCCUAUGCUUAUCGGUGCUCCAAUAUGUGCCACAGCUGGAAGUUUGACAGGAAUGCUUUUGGGAAGGAUUUUAGUUGGCAUUGGCUUGGGUAUUGGUCCGCCAGUUGCAUCUCUUUAUGUAACUGAGAUAUCACCUGCGCAUGUGAGGGGUACUUAUGGCAGCUUUAUUCAGAUAGCCACUUGUCUUGGGCUGAUGGCCGCUUUAGUGGUUGGAAUUCCAGUAACGAGUAUUUUUGGAUGGUGGCGCAUCUGCUUUUGGAUAUCUAUCUUUCCCGCUUCAAUGCUAGCUCUUUUAAUGGCGUUUUGUGUUGAAUCUCCACACUGGCUAUACAAGCAAGGUAGACAUAGUGAAGCUGAAAUUGAACUUGUGAAGCUUCUCGGAGCUUCUCAUGCCAAAGAUGCAAUAGUGGAGCUGUCAAAGACUGAGAGAGGAGAUGAAACUGAUACCAUAAAGCUUGCAGAAUUGCUCUGCGGGCGGCACUCAAGAGUUGUUUUUAUUGGAUCAACCCUAUUUGCUUUACAACAGCUUUCUGGAAUAAAUGCUGUGUUUUAUUUCUCUUCAACUGUAUUUAGACGUGCUGGAGUUUCCUCGAACCUAGCAAAUGUUUGUGUCGGGAUUGCAAACUUAAUAGGCUCCUUUAUCGCCCUGGCAUUGAUGGAUAAGCUUGGAAGGAAGGCGCUACUGCUGUGGAGCUUCCUUGGCAUGGCUACUUCAACGGGUCUUCAAGUUCUUGCAGCAGCUUCACCUGCUUCAAAUUCUAUUGGGUUUUUGCUAUCUGUCGGUGGAAUGAUGAUGUUCGUCUUAAUGUUUGCUGUUGGAGCUGGUCCAGUUCCUGGUCUUUUGCUCCCUGAAAUAUUUCCCAACCGAAUCAGAGCAAAAGCUAUGGCCUUUUGUAUGUCCGUGCAUUGGGUGGCAAAUUUUCUUGUUGGGUUGUUGUUCCUGCGUUUGCUGGACCGCAUGGGGCCUCAGCUGCUCUACUCAAUGUUUGGUUCCUUCUGCUUGUUCGCAGUCGUCUUUGUGAAGCAAAACGUGCUGGAAACCAAAGGGAAAUCACUACAAGAAAUCGAGAUAGCUCUCCUCGCUCAAGAUCAGUUUUAAAUCUAAAAUCUUACGCGAUCCCACCAGUAAGUCGUCUUCUUCCACAGCUAGUUUAUGUAGGAAGAGCGUGUGCGUGUGGGGUUGCGGUAACAUUUAGAUGAUGAGGAUGUAGGAUAACUAGAAACAUAAGGCGCCGUCGCAUCACUUGUGAAGUGAUGGUAUUUGUGGGGGCGAAUGUUAUAAUGUAACACAAGUAUGGUGUAUGUUUAUCCUUUGAGAGUGAAUUUCAUGCAUCGAAAA